AUGACACCGGUUCCCAAGCGGCGGGCCGUUGGUCCAUCCGAGCGGGCAGCCAGACUCGUAAGCAGCCAGCGCGCACACAAAAACAAGGUGAAGCACCGCAUCAUUCACCUCGAAUCCAGGCUCCUCGCCACAGAAUGCAAGCUUGAGCGGGCCCUGUCUGCCAUAUCUACUCUGUCAGGCGAACUGCGCGCCGUCAUUGAGCAGAACAAGCGCCCGCAGCCGCGGCGGUGCAGCUCCGAGCCCCCCACCAGCAACCCGUCGUCGUCGCGCGCGGCGCAAAUGUCCGAGGCCGCCUCUCGCGCGCAAAGGGAGCACGUUCAGAAGCUCACUCUCCCCUGGGAGAACGACGCCAACCCAGAGGACUUUUCGUGGAGCUCCGCCUUUUUGGAGGGCGUCAACGUCCGCGGGCGCGGGCACACGGGGCCGGUCGCGGGGGGUGAGACGUGGGAAGAAGCGGACGAGUCGACCACGGCCACAAACGACACGGGCAGCCAGGACACACAUGCCACCCCGGCGUCGACGGAAGGCCUCGCGGAGGAGCUGCCGCAUGAAUCGUACGAUAGCCUUGACAUUGCCGCUAUGCGGGAUUGGAUCGAUCCCCAGUUUGAGAAGCCGUAUGGGACGCCGGACGAUGGCAGGAUACAGCCGUCGUCGCUGUUUGCGCUGAUGGAUUUUAUCAGUAGUUAG